AUGCCUCUUAGCGACAAAGCAAAGGGGAAGCAACGCGCGCAAGAACCAACCAACCCUGAACCUUCUCUUUCGACAUCGAAGGAGCUCGUCUUCCGAUUUACGGAGGGAAUCCCUGACUUGCGGUUGAACAUCAAUGCGACCGACUCAGUGAAGGGGGUCAAACAGAAGCUUCGAGUACUACGACCACAGGUGGCGGACAGGCGGCUUCGCCUCAUCCAUUCUGGACGACUGCUCACAGAUGGUAUCAUGUUAUACGAGUGGUUAUCCUUGCUGGAAGAACGGCAGAAGCGAGCAUCGGAUGACACGAUACUCCCUUUUGGCUCAAACGAACAUGUGUACAUACAUUGUUCUGUAGGCCCGAAGAUGGAUCCCUUGGAAGAGGAAGCGGAGGAAAGCAUGGAUCAAUCAGGGCAGCUGCAACCAGCCCGCGGUUUCGACCGUCUUGUCGCUCUGGGCUUCUCGGAGGAUGAUGUUAACAAUUUUCGGCAACAAUUCCAUAGCCAUUCCAACGCUAACUACCUCGACUCUAUGGACUUCGAGACAGAGGAAGAAUACUCAGAGCACGCGCGCGCUCUAGAAGAGCAAUGGAUUGAUUCCCUUGCUUCUCCUUCUGGGGCUUCUCUAGCCUCUUCACCAUCAGCUUCCGCGACCUCGUCCAUACUUCAGGGUCUCGUCGCCGGCUUCUUCUUCCCGCUCAUUCCAUUCUUCUUCAUGCGCAAGACGCGAUCGGCCGCAAUUUGGGAGAAUGGCCGCGAUUUACAAGAAGGAAGCGUAAUCUUUUCGCGACGUAUGCAAAUGGGUCUCGUGGUGGGAUUCAUCGUCAACCUCAUGUUUGGACUUUGGCGACUUCUACUAGAUUCAUCAUGA